AUGGCGGACGCAUUGUCCAUUGAACAAAAUAACAAAAUUCGGGUCGCGCUUGGUCUGAAGCCUCUCCCUGUCCCCGGCGCCUCGAACGAAGAUGAUGGCCCCGUUUUCAAGCCAUCCAAAGGCGAUGAAGGGUCGAGCUCCGCGGAAGAUGAGCCUGGUAGCACACUAGAGUCUCGAAUUGCUCAAGGAUACGAUAACUGGAAGACCCUCCAGGAUGAAGAGGAAGCAAAGAAGAAGCGCCAGGCCAGAAAUGAAGCCAUCAAACGGGCCAGAGAGGCGGCGCAGCGGAUGGCGAAGUUGGAAGGCAAGGGCCUAGGAGAGGUUGAUGACAAUUUGGAUACCAAGUCAUGGUUAAUGCAGCAUAAGAAAAAGCAGAAAAAGAUCGAGAAAGAGCGCGCACGAAGGUUGGCGGAGGAGCUGGCUGAGCGAGAGCGAAUGGCAGAGUAUACUUCUAAAGAUCUGGCGGGUGUUAAGGUGGCACAUGAAAUCGGUCAGUUCGAUGAAGAGGGGGAACAUAUUCUCACUCUCAAGGACACAACGAUCGAUGAAAAUGAGGAAGAAGGGGAUGAGCUGGAAAAUGUCAAUUUGAGGGAUGUCGAGAAGACAAAAGAAAGGCUAGACUUGAAAAAGAAAAGGACUGCCUAUGACCCCACUGACUACGAUGGUUCGGGGUCGAUACUGGCACAGUACGAUGAAGAGAUUGAAGGGAAGAAGAGGAGACAUUUCACACUGGAUGCAAAGGACAUCACGCCCGAAGAAAGGGAAGCGAAACGACAAGAUGUUACAUCGAAGCUGAAAACUGGCAUGGUCAAUCUCGAUGUUGUACAGGACACCAUGCCUUCUGAUUAUCUCGAUAUCUCUGAAAUUAAAGUCAAGAAGCCCAAGAAGAAGAAGGCAAAAAGCACCCGACGAAAAGCAGUUGACGAGGAAGAAAUAUUUCCUCUACCUGAUACUACCGAGACGUCUACAGCUGGUCAAUCCAACGGAGACCAAAUGGAUGUUGACCGUGCAGAGGGAGAAGGUAGCUCGACCCCUGCCGUCCAGAAACGGCCUCGUGAGGAUAUAUCUUUCGUCGACGAUGAAGAUCUACAAGCCUCUUUAGCGGCGCAGAGAAGGGCAGCGUUCAAGAAGCGAAAGAAGAUGCGGCCAGAAGAUAUAGCCAGACAACUUAGAGAAGAGUCUGAGCAAGCCGCUAACGGGAUGGAUAUUGAUACGAAUGAGGACGAUCAGCCUGGUUUGGUCAUUGAUGAAACCUCUGAAUUCGUCGCCAAUUUGCAACGACCAACAAUUCCAGAGCGCCGGCACAGACCUACAAGUGAAUCAGCAGGAGAAGAAGUGCGCGCGGAAUCACCGCCUAUAAAUGUGAAGGAGGAACUUGAAGACAUGGAUAUAGACCGAUCGUAUGGCGAUAUUGAAGAUGAAGAAGAACUGAAGGAGCGGCGCGAGGGCUCACAGCCCAAUAUUACCACAACUGGAUUGGAAGAAGAGAGCACCCUAGAUCAAGGCCUUGGGGCUACGCUGGCUAUGUUAAGGCAGCGUGGUCUCGUCAAGGAAUCGGAAGCUAGCGGUCUCAAUUCUCUUCAGCGUGACCGCCAGAAGUUCUUGCUCAAGAAACGACAACGAGAAGCCGAGGCAGAGAGGCGCGCAAGAGCUCAACGCGAGCGGGAUCGUGCAUCUGGGAAACUCGAUCGUAUGUCAGCACGAGACAGGGAGGAGUAUGCCCGGUGGGAGAACAAGCAGCGCGAUCAGCAGGAAUCCCGUUCGAUGGCGGAAAUUUUCAACCGCGAAUACAAGCCCGAUGUUCAGUUGAAGUAUGUGGAUGAACAUGGCCGCUUGAUGAAUCAGAAAGAGGCGUUCAAACAUCUGAGCCAUCAGUUCCACGGUAAGGGCAGCGGAAAGAUGAAGACGGAGAAGCAUUUGAAGAAGAUUGAGGAUGAGAAGAAACGAGAGGCGAUGAGUACGCUUGAUAGCAGCCAGCAUACUGGUAUGAACAAUGCAAUGGGGGCCACUGCACGGCGAACAAGGCAGGCUGGCGUUCGACUUGCCUGA